UCAGUGGUUUCUAAACAUAACCCUAUUUAGCUCAUUAUAAGACACAAUAUAUAUAUUUUUUUUUAAAUAAUACAAUACAUAAGCAUAUAUUUAAAAGAAUUAUUAUUCAUUAAUUAUGUAUUUAAAUGGUAUCUUAACACAUAUAUCAAAAUAAACUUAUUGUAUGCCCUUGUUCAUAGUACAGAAACAGGUUUCAAAAUUAUAAAUUUUUAUAAGGCUACAUACUUUAAUAUCUACCCACUUUGAUAUUGAGGUUAAAGAAAUUUAAUUCUCAACAAAGGACAAAACUGUCACUUACAUGAGAAUAUCAUGACAAAACAUAAGUAAUAAUAAUUGAAAUACAGUGGUCGCAACAUAUUGGGUAAAUCAGUGAUGAGUUUUAAAAGAAGACCUUUAUAAAUAUAAAAUAAAAAAGGAGUUUCUGGGACCAUGGAGGCCACAAUGAAAACAGCAGUGACAGUGCUGCAAGAGCUGAUGGUGAAACUGGGCAAGACUCCUGAGUAUGAAUGCACAGCACAAUCAGGACCAAAGCACCAGGCGACGUUCGACUACCGGUGUUCGUGCUGCGAUGUGACGGUGGUAGCCACGGCGCGCUCCAAGAAAGAGGCCAAGCAGGAGGCGGCGCGCAUGAUGCUGCUGCAGCUGGCGCGGCUCGGACACGCCGUGCCGCCGCCCUACGGGCUCGCCGCGCCCGCGCCCGCCGCGCCCAGGUGCAGUCCGAUGGAGACGGGUGAGGCUGCAUGCGACCCGCGCAGCUACGUGGCGCUGCUGAAAGAGCUCUGCGAGGAAUACAAGCUGCCAGCGGCCGAGUUCGAGCUGGUGGGCGACACUGGCCCGCCACACCUGCGCCACUUCACCAUGCGCGCACGCGUGGGCCAGCUGGACCGUUGCGCCACCGCCACCGCCAAGAAGACCGCGCGACAGAUCGCCGCGCAGCAGCUCUACUGCUAUCUGCGCGAGAACCUCGCCAGUCUCACAGCCGACUUCGUUGAGGAGGACGCGUUGGUGCGCGUCGUGGACAAGGCGAAGGAGCGGUACGUGGACCUCGACAGCGACGCACCGUGGCGGCCCGACCUCAGCCAGAAAAUCUCCGAGUACCAUCUCGGCCUCACCUCACAGAUAGAGGACAACGCUCUGGCCGCCGCCGCGACGGUGCUGCGCGAGGCGCGCGACUCGUCGCCGGAGCGCGCGCUGGCGGCCGCCGUGCAGGCGCUGGGGCUGCGGCUGGAGUACGGCGCGCUGGAGCCGCUGAGCGUCGUGCAGCUCACGCCCACCUCGCCGGCGCUGGCCUUCGCGGGCGACUCGCGCGACGAGGCGGCGCGCGCCGCGCUCCGGUACGUGCGCGCCGCGCUGGCGUUUGCGCGCGCGCCGCCGCACUCGCCCCCGCACUCGCCCGCGCACUCCGCCGCGCACUCGCCCGCGCACUCCACCGCGCACACCCCCGCACUUGCAUUCGCACCCGGACCUUCCACCAGUACAAAUUUUGCAGGCGUCGACUGUUUUUAAAGUUACAAUAUAUAAGAACUAUCACACUGGCAGAAUGCAAGCGAUUUUAUUGUAGAGCGAACGUGCCGCGGAUACACCACGAUCAACCACGCUGCCGGCUCGAAAAACGCGUAUUGGCCAACAGCAACAAAAAGGAUUCCGACGAGGAAACAUUAUUCUUAACUUUGUAAAUUUAAAAACGCAAGAACCGAACGCAAAGCAGGUACAGCAACGAAUCCAUUUUUAACGAAUCUACUGGAGUCAGUGAACAAAUGAAAUGUUCCUACAUAGUACAUGGGAAUAUCAAGACCUGCAUUUUAAGAGUUGUUGCAUCUUAUACCAAAACUCGUUACAACGUUAAGACACCCAUUUAUGUAAAUCAAUAUUCAAUUGAAAAAAGGCUGGUGUACAAAAGUUUACAAAAUAACGAUGAUGAAGCGAAGACGUUGCGUUAACACGGCAUGUUCUCUGUGCGUCCGCAGCGAAUUCGCGGUUUGCUGCGCCUCCUGUUAAUUUGCUCGCAAUUCGUCAGUGUGAUACAAAAACUGUAGGUGUAACCCAAUGUCUGGCCUAGUCAGUGGAAACAAGUAUUUUUUAUAAAGAAAAUAAACGCGUUGUCUUUGGCGCCAAACAACAAAUUAUUCACCGGUGUCGUUCGCCACACGCCAGGCGAGUUGUGAGAGCCGCGCGUGGCCCCAAGCACCUGCGUCGCACAGGUACGACCAUGCAGACAACACGACAAGCAUGUAUUAAAACUUUCUUGUCAGCAAUAUGAUGUGUGCCGUGCGUACCAGUGCUUCAAAAUCACCACUGUACUUGAAUUCUGAAAGCAUUUGGUCGUGAUUUAUAUUUUUAAGUCGAAAAUAUUAUUGUGAGUGUCUGUCAUCAUUUCACUUCAGGUUUCCUCUAACGGUCUGUUUCCACUAGUGGGCCGAUUAAGUUACACAUUGUAUGUAAUGUCGCCUGUCCCUAUUAACAGAGUCGGAUCUGCAUUUUAGCAACUUUACAGGAGAGCGCGUCAAACUUUAAAUUGCUUAUAUUUUUUUAAGUAUACGUACUAGGUUUAUAAAAUUUUAUAAUACAUUAAUAUACGUUUAAGAGCUUAUGUACAUGGCAAUUUAAUAUUAUUUUCUCUUUUCUAAAUAUGUGAAAAUUCACAAAUGACUUUCAUAACGGGUCAGGACUCAUUGUAAUUUGUCGGAUCUGUCAUAACCUACAAAGUUACUCGGACAAACUUAUUAAUUAUCUGUUGUAACUGCCACAUACAUCAGUGUUAAUUGUAUAACCCAGACAAAAUAUAUGUCGUAUUUAAAUUUCAUUUUUUAUUACAAGAAAAUUUUAUUAUGAUUUUGUUUAUACUUGUUCCAAAUAUGACUACUAUUAAAAAAUAUUUUAAAAGAACACAAAUAAGAACUGCCUUACUUCUAUAAGCUUAAAAUAUACAUAAUAAAAGUCAUGAAUGUUAAACUGAAUUAACCUUAUUAAAAUCACAAAUAUUGUAUAAUCACAAUUUGGUCAGAAAACUAGAUCAAUAAUAUAUUUAUAUAUCUUAUAAUUUUACAAUCGAAGUAUAUUAUCAAUGGCACUUAAUAGUCACAUUUCAUGUCUCACAUUGAAGAAUCGCUCUUGAUAGUGGUACAUUAUUAUAUUUAUUCUAAAAACAUAUGGUUUUUCUAAAUUAUUUAUAUUCAUUCUUGUGUAAUAGAAAUAAAAACUAUCUUACUCUCUAAACAAAUAGCUUGCAAAAUAAACUGUCAGAAAAUAAACACAACGUUUUCAAAAUCAUAACUUUUAUUAGCUAACAAAGACUUAAAAUUAAAUAUACCGGAAGUUGUCAUCUUUUUUACUGUUUAAGGUUCACCUUCAACUUUAGCCCAACGAACGAUAUAAUACCAUUCUUCUGGUACAUAAAUGAGCUUUCGAGUGUUAGCAUUCUCCAUAGAAGAAUGAACACUGUCUCUCUUGUUCUGAGUAUGACCCUUCUCCAAAAAUCUAUGGAUAAUUGUCACCCCAAAUUCUUUCGCAGCUAGAAGGUAAGGAACUAUACAAUUUCUGUUCUGCCCAGUGGUUAUCAGACCGAAAUAUAAUUACUUUAUUCCACCAUGUGAAGCUUUUCGUUAUCUUUGGGAAGUAAAUAGCGGAAUGUAUUUUGCUCAUCAUGUUUAGUGACCUCAGGUGUUUGUCGGCGUUUCGUAUUUUUUCUGAGUAUUGAGUGACGAAUUGCCAUUGCUGUUGACGAAUUGUCAUUAUUUAUAUUAUAAAUGGCGGUUAACAAUGUGAGAAGUGCAACAUCCCACAAAUUGGAAAAAUAUUUAAACUAACAAAAAAGUCGGAUGUGGUACUACUGACAUAAUUUGUAUUACAAAUGCCAGUGAAAAAUGUCAUAUAUGGUACAACAUACAAUUUUGAUUGGAAAGUUAAAUAUAUUUCAUUUACUAAUUAAUAUGCUAUAAUAUUAUUGCGAAAUCACAAUAUUUUUAUCUAUUUAUUGGCUAAGGCAAGUUUAUAAAUAUCUCUAAUAAAUAAUUUACCGGUUUUUUUCUUGUUCAUCUAAUUUAGAUGAUAAUAUUUUCUUCAACAUCCUUCUGAGUGGCUCUAAAAUGCUCUUCAAAUUGUUUAGUCGCAAGGUUUAUCCAACGUGCUGAGCUGCUUAUCAUUUUGGUUGACAUUAAAUUCAAAAACUCUAAAUAAUACGAAUUAACACAAAACUAACACGUGAUGUGUAUACGCCCCUGAAACAUAGUGCGUACUGGCACAACCGUGCGCGCCUCCUUCCCUCGCACCCCGCUAAAAAUGUCAGUAGUUACACAUCAAGCAUUGUUAAUCGACAGCCGUGCCUUAUACGACUUUGUUAACGUGGCUAUAUCAGAAACUAUGAAGAAAAUUUAACUUUUUCUUAAAUCUACUAAAAGAAAAUACUUUUUUAGGGUAAUUAGUGCAAUAAAACCAAAAUCCGUAAAAUGUCAUAUCCGACAUUGUUAAUAGGGACAGGCGAUGUGUUUGUGUAACAUUUAUACAAAAGAACAAAUGUUAAUGAAAAUAUCAUUACAGAUAACUGUUUUUUUUAUUUUGUUCAAUAAAGCUAUUACUGUUA